AUGGGUCUUGUGAGACUGGCCUGGGCGGCCUUUGCGACUCUCGUCUUCGGGGGAACGCAGGAGGACCAACUCUCACCUGCCUUGGCGAGCGACGAUGACUGCCUUGGGGCUCCCAGCGAGGGAGCCUGCCAUCUCAAUGCCCUUCAGCGACGGGUACUGAAGGUGCCCAACGUCUCGAACAGCUCCGGUGUCGCUGCCAGCUUGCCACCCGACCUUCCAGCACCGCCAGCUGUGCAAUCAUCGUCCUCGCCGUUGCCGCCGACGACAUCCACGCCGCAAGCGACAGAACCCGUGGCAAACACCACUGUGCAGCCUGCAACAACAUCAACAACUCCGGCGCCGCCGGUCUCGGUCUGCUUGGCUGGUCAGGAGAUCCCCUUCUCAGACCGAAAGCCUGGGAACGAGUGCGUUGCCAGCAAGCUCGGAGAUGAAUGUAGCUACCAGUGCAACGAGGGGUACAUCGCCGUUGGACGACAUGUUUGUCAGACGAUUGUCAUCCAGAAUAAGGUCUGGAAAGACAAGUCUUUCUUCGGCGGCAAUUGCUGGAGACUCUGUGCUGCCACGUCUGGGCCAUGCCCUGCCGGCCAAGUGCCUCUCCGGGUGAACACGACCGACGACCUUGGCCCCUGCAUGCAGACGCUGUGCAAGACAGAGGACGAUGCUUUCAAGAACCUGGCGCGGGGGAACUACGAAGUCUGGCGAAGAUCCCGCAACGAUUAUUCAGGCUGCUACACGGAUCACAUCGAUCUCGACACUGGCAAGGCAAAGCUGGGCUCUUCAGACACCACUGGGAUGGGCAUCAUCAUGGAGUGCAUCGCACACUCCAUGGGCUGGAUAUCGGACCAGGACUUGCUGGAGCGCGUGAACCUGACACUCUCCUCUUAUGCAAACAUCCCACCGCCGGCCAAAGCCGGCAUGUCCUGGAACUUCACCCGCGGGCCAAAGGGCUGGGUCCCACGCUACUUCGAGGAGUCGACAGGUGCCUUGCUGGCAGAGGCGGGCGACAAAGUGAACGGAGUGUGGUCAGUGAUGUCAACGGGCCUCUUCUAUGUUGGAGUGAUGUUUGUGCAGACAUACGUGCUGAACCAUUGGGUGAGGCGUACGGACACAACUGGCAUGAUCGCGAGGCUGACGGAGAAGCUCAUGGACAUGGUGGACUGGCACAGCAUGCUUUGCCUGCAGGCCUUCGCUUCACCAGAUGUGGUGGAGGGAUACAAUGGCACGGGCAUUCCCAUGCUCAUGAACAACAACGGCCUUUGUACUGGAAUUUCUUGGCCAGAGGCUGAUGGAUACUAUCCCUUCACUGAAGAGAUCACAGCCGCAUGGCUGGCCGAUCGAAUUGUUUGCGGACAUCGUGGCCAGGAGAAUUGCUCGAUGCCGGCCAUUCAUACAAUGUGGAAUAAAGUUGUCGGCCGUGCCCUUCAUCCGAAUCUUCAGAUGUUUGGUCACCCCUUGCUCUCCGACUGGUCGUCCUACGUGGUUCAGAUACCAUACUACACUACGCAUCCGGUGAAUUCCUUCCCAGCCUUUCAGAAGCUGUUUAAGGACGGUUGGCUUGCCGACUGGGCUGACUACAACAGCAGCGUCUUCUACGGCGGCUCUGACCGCUAUGGCAUGGGAGCUGGGCCCGACAUCAUGUGGUGUUCAGGCAAAGACUACAACGCAGACAUGUACACAAACAAUACCGCAAAAGGAGAUUGCCGCACCUGGAGCCCAGAGGCCGUCGCUGGCUGGUUGCCUGCAUCUCCCGAGGUCAUCAAGGGGCACCUCCUGAGCAUGAUGGCAAAUGGGGAAUCCGUUCUCCCGGUCCCCGGAACGGACUACCACAUCCUGUGGCGCAAGGCAAUGGUGGAUCCAGGCAAGAACUGGUCAAACUACGUGACGCUGAUAGACUUGAGCACCGAGCUCCUUGGUUUGAGCACCAUAUGGCUGGGAGCAGAAUGGUACAGAAACAACACCAACCACUUCACAAGCAGCCGCGGGUACAGACCUGAAGUGCCGAUAUAG